GCCUCCAAUUAACUUAUGCAUAUACUUCUGUUUAGACAGAAUGCGUCUUUAGAAAGGAAUUUGGAAUACUUAUUACAACGAAAUAGGAUUCAAAUAAGCAUUUUCUUCAUUUGUAGUAUAUGAAGUUGUCAUGGAGAUAACAGAUCCUUGAGUCGUGCUGAGUCAUGCUUGUUUAGCAAAUCUUGAAACAACAUGUGGUGGGGAUACAGUCAACCGCUAGAUUUACAAGCUGAAGUGGCACAAAGAGAAGACCGUGUUUUAAGCAAUAUUGAAGUAUUGAUUGUAGGUUCUGGUGAUGCACGGCACAUUGUGAAGACGCUAGCUUCAUCUUACACACAUCCCGAUCAAACUAUCACAUAUCACGUUAUCGAACCGACUUUGGAGCAAGUUGCUAGAUCGAUACUUUUAUUAAGCAUUUGCUUAGAGAAUGAUUUAGGACUGCAAGAGGCGACGCGAUAUUAUUUGGAGAUUUUAGGGAACACCCUUUUGAGACCAGCUACGGCUAAAUAUCUGGCAAAAUGCGCCAAACAACUGAUCGAUAUUCCAACUCGGACCGUCGACUGUCCGUGGUUAUCGUUAGAAAAAUUUAAGCACAAGGACAGAGAUAAUUUGGAAUGCAUUUUUAAAUUCUGGACGCGUGCGACACGCGAGGGAGUUCCCAUCGUGAAUUAUUGGGAUCGCAGAAUCAGGAAAUUAUUAAAAACAAGAUACGAUUACAGAGAAGGCGUUUUUGACUGGGAUUAUUAUAUGGUUUUAAAGCCCAGAUGUACCACUAAUCUUACUGUACAAGAAUAUAGAUUUUGGAGAAAUAACGGAGUAGCUUUUACAUGGCUUGAAGGGGAACCAGUCAGGAGCAAUCCGACUCUGUUAAACAAUAUAAUUCAACAUGGACCUGGCUUUAUACAUUACGCGUACUUGGGAGACAUCGUGAACGGUCCCUUUUUUACUUGGUCCACUGUUGAAAAAAACGGAGACAAGCUCAGGGCAACCGACAUUGCCGAACGUGAGGUAAUGCGUGCAAUUCACGAAAUAAGAACGAAAGAGCCACUGUGCGAGGAUCACGUCGGUGCUCACAGGGAUGCUUCAAUUUUAAAUGGCAUUAUAGUGAGCCAAAUGCCGGACAUUGAAAUGGAAAACGAAUCGUGGAUAAGCACCGAGGAGAAAUCUAAGAAGGAUAAAAAAAUUUCCUGGAUGGAAGUACCAAAUCACAAAAUAAUCUUUCAUCCUGCAACGUCGCUGGAAUCUCUCAAGUCUAAAUGUGAAUACGUAAAUAGAUUCCAUCUGAUUUGGGUGGCACAUAAUAUGACAAAACAAUUGGCGAAUCUGGCACCGUUGAUAUCUACCGAUGCUCCGAUAAUUGUGGAAUUACGUAAACACAUGGCAGAUCUUCGCAAAGAGGAUUUGCAAAACUUUACCAGAGAACUGAAAGAAAUCGCGCAGGAGAAUGGACUCCGUUCACUUUACGACUUCGAUUCUAAUGAACAUAUUUUUGCUCGUUUCUGCAAGGAUUAAGUCACUAAGUAGUUGGCUAUAUCUUAAUAGUUAAUAUUAAUUAUAAAUAUACAUCACGCAUGUGCAAUUAAACUAAAAUAAAAAGUUUAAUCAAAGAAAUAUGGAUAUUUUAUAAAAAAUAAAAUGUCCGUUUAAGCUCAAACUGAAAAAACGAAUCAACAAUUUUCGAUCUCUAUUAAUUAAAGGCAGUUUCUCUAAACGAUAAAUCUUUUUUUUAUUCUUAUCUUUCUUUUUUAAGUUUUAUUGGAUUAAUGUAAAAUUUUCAAUAUGUUUCCAUACGUUUUUAGAAAAUCAGGAAGUUAUAGUAUUUAAAACUGAGAUGUAUUCGUCCAGUUUACCAUCUUAUUCUAUGGAAGAAUAUAUAAUAUAUGAAAUAG